GUAUCCAGACCCAAUGAGCCGUUGGAACAAAAGAGAUCCCGAUUAGUCUGGCAGUCUCGCAAGCGGGGAAUCCUUGAGACCGAUUUGUUGCUGAGUACAUAUAUUCAGCAGGCUUUACCAACCAUGGAAGAUGCCCAGUUGCAAGAGUACGACUCAUUGCUAGAUGAGAACGAUUGGGAUAUAUAUUAUUGGUGUACAGGAGCUAAGGAAGCACCUGAGCGAAUCAAGGACAUGUCCAUCUUUGAUGGGUUGGUGGAGCAUUGCAAAAACAAACGCAAGUUGGUAUUGAGAAUGCCCAACGUAUAG